CUCAAAGGAAAGAGCAACCCAUGGAUAGUCUGGGCAGUGGGAAGUCUGGACUCUCUGGGUAUUACUACCAGGGUGUGUGGCGAUCACUAGGUGGCACCAAAGUCUACCAAUUCAACAACUCCUCUGCCAUCAGUCAGUGUCUGAAAGGAAAGGUGGUCCACAUGUACGGAGACUCCACCGUCAGGCAGUGGUUUGAGUACCUUGAUGCUUCACUUCCAGAUGCUAAAGAGAUAAACCGGAAUAAUCCGAAGAGAUUAGGACCCUUCAUGAUAUGGGACAAUGCAAAAAACAUCUUGGUGAAGUUCCGCUUCCACGGUCCUCCUCUUAGUAUUUCCGUCCUUAUCCCAACCAGUGAGCUGCGUUACAUUGCCAAUGAAAUAGAUGAUGUAGUUGGUGGCACCAACACAGUUGUAAUUUUUGGCAUCUGGGCCCACCUCACUCCUUUCCCGAUGCAAUUCUACAUCAGAAGGCUUUACGGCAUCCGCAGGGCGGUGAUUCGUCUGUUAAACAGGGCUCCAGACACGCUGGUGGUCAUCAGGACUCCAAACCUCAGAGGUACAAACCCCUAUAUAUUUACCUUUAAUGACUGGUAUGCUAUUCAACAGGACAAGGUGGUCAGAGCUGUGUUCAAAGGACUUAAUGUUCAGCUGGUGGAUGCCUGGGAGAUGGUUCUGGCCCACAUGUGCCCCCAAUAG